AAAGCUGGCUCCGAGCUGCCUGCUGCAGCUGGGUCGCUUCCUCUUCCUCAAAACUGCUCUCGGUCUGCUCCCAGCUCUCCUCAAAAAAUGCUGCUGCCCGCUCUCGCACUGUCCUCCGCCUUCCUGGCUCCGCACGCCGCGUCGCGCGCCCUCUCCACGUCCAAGGUCGCCAUGAAUGGCGGCAAGGGCUUCGGCGGUGGCGAGGCGACGCGAGAUCCGGCGCCGACCGUGAUUGACCCGAACGACCCAAAGGGUAAGCAGCAGGCGAUCCACAAGGCGGAGUCCUUCGCCGAGUACCUCGCCAAGCGCUCGGCGGGCGGCGGCGCGGCGCCGGCGGGCGGCAGCGCCGGAGCGUACCCCAGCCUGCCACCGUCGGUCAAGCCUGGCGUGCUCACCGGUCAGGCGGUGGUGGACCUGCUGGAGGACGCAAAAAGGAGGGGCUACGCCAUCCCUGCCGUCAACUGCGUCACGUCCUCCUCCGUCAACGCCUGCCUCGAGGCGGCAGCGGCGGCCAAGGCUCCGGUGAUGAUUCAGUUCUCGUCGGGCGGCGCUCAGUUUUAUGCGGGCAAGGGCCUCGACAACACCGACUUUGACGCGGCCGUCGCUGGGGCGGUGUCUGGCGCUCACCACGUGCGCACGCUCGCCGCCAAAUACGGCGUGCCGGUGAUCCUGCACACAGACCACUGCGCCAAGAAGCUCCUCCCUUGGGUGGACGGGAUGCUGGCCGAGUCGGAAGCGCACUACGCCGCGCACGGCGAGCCGCUCUUCUCGUCUCACAUGCUCGACCUGUCCGAGGAGCCUCUCGAGGAGAACAUCGCCAUCUGCGUCGAGUACAUGCAGCGGAUGGCCAAGCUCGACAUGCUGCUCGAGAUGGAGCUUGGCAUCACGGGCGGCGAGGAGGACGGGGUGGACAACGAGAAUGCGAACCCGGAGGACCUCUACACCAAGCCCGAGGAGGUGUGGAUGGUCCAAAAGGCGCUGCAGGCGGUGCCCAACGCAAAGUUCACCAUCGCCGCCGCCUUUGGCAACGUGCACGGCGUCUACGCGCCCGGCAACGUCAAGCUCGACCCGAAGAUUCUGCGAAACUCGCAAGAGUACAUCUCGCAGCAGCUCGGCCUCGGCGCGGGCGCGAAGCCCUGCUCCUUUGUCUUCCACGGUGGUUCGGGCUCCGACAUCAACGACAUCAAGGAGGCGAUCUCGUACGGCGUGAUCAAGAUGAACAUCGACACCGACACGCAGUGGGCGUACUGGGACGGGAUCCGGUCCUACUCGGAGGAGAACCGCGCCUACCUGCAGAGCCAGAUCGGCAACCCCGAGGGCCACGACAAGCCAAACAAGAAGUUCUACGACCCGCGCAUGCCGGUGCGGUCCGCCGAAGAGACCACGGUCGCACGGCUCGGCCAGUGCUUCUCGGACCUCAACUGCGUCGACGUCUUCUAACCGACGGACGCGGGAGCUGCUUGGUGCGGCGGCGGGAUAUGCCGGCUUGGUCGCCUCGUGUGUGCACACGCGCGUACACGCUUAGUACGCGCGACACAUCAGAGGUGCCCCUGUGGCGCCCGUGCGCUGUGGCCUGUGAGCCGCGCGACCCUUGUACACAUGCACAUCACAUGCACAAUCCAGAUACGUACCGAUUGUCCUGAGGACCCCACUAUCCUAU